AUGUCACGUUCGGGUGUUUGCGCCUUGCGAGGGGAUGCGAAUAUAUAUAUUGUAACACGUUACACGUCCCCAGUACCGCGCGCCUGCCCGUCCAUCGUCAGGGCCAUCGGACCGAUAAAUCGGUCCAGCGACGUUCUCGUCCGGACGUGUCACGAAAAGAAUAAAUCCGAAACGUGUUUUGCCUUUUUUUCUGACAGCCGUAAUGGCCGUGUUGAGCAAUCUAUGAUUGCCGGCAUCUAUCGUAUUGCAGCAGGGUCGAAAACCCAAAUGUCGUAA